AGAGAGUUCAGUGCCUCUUAGAAACGGCGUCAGUGCACUCGAGCAUAACGUCGCCAAGCAGCAUUUUAGAAGAGCGCGCCAUCCACACCAACGGCACUAGCCAUCGCUGACACUGUUGCGGACAUGACGCUGCGUCAUGCAUUGAUUAUAAGUUGCCUGUUGGCAUUUGUCUCCGCGGGAGAUGUGCCGCAAGUCUACACAGAGACAGGCCUCGUUUCUGGGGAACGGUUAAUGGUCAACAAACGCCAGGUGGACGCGUUCUUAGGAAUACCGUAUGCUACGCCUCCCGUUGGAGAUCUGCGCUUCAAGAAACCGGAGCCCGCGAAGCCCUGGAAAGGAACGCGCAGUGCUACGAAGAAGCCGCGUCCCUGCGUCCAGACGGACUUGCCACUGGCGGAAAAGCUUCCAUUCAAUUAUUCCAGCGCGAGCGAGGACUGCCUAUACCUCAACGUAUGGAGACCGGCGAAGCAUUGUGCAGCAUCCGUAUCCAAAUGUGACGCUAAGCUGCCCGUCGUCGUCUUCAUACAUGGUGGCGGAUUCCAGUGGGGAGACUCGGCGCUUUUCUUGUAUGAUGGAAGCAACUUCGCGCCGACAGCGAACGUCGUGCUCGUGACAUUCAACUACAGAGUCAGCAUCUUCGGGUUUCUGUCGCUCGACAACAAGAAGCUUCCAGGAAAUAUGGGACUCUGGGACCAAAACCUUGUACUUAAAUGGGUUCGUGCCAACAUUGGUUACUUUGGUGGUGACGCAAACGAUGUAACUCUUUGGGGACAGAGUGCUGGAGGUGCUUCAGCCGGAUUUCAUGCUGUUUCACCGCACAGCAAAGGACUGUUCAAGCGGCUUAUCAUGCAGAGCGGCACGCCCGCGCUCACAAUCCUGAACGUGUCUCACAGGAGGGCGGCCAGGAUGUCGGCGGUGGCAGACGCCGUCGGGUGCUUUGACCAUAAACGUAGCUUGAUGGAGCAGGUCGACGACGUAUUGUCCUGCAUGAAACGGGUGGACGCGCGUAAGAUACUCGAUGCUGUCAAAGCAGAAAAGCCACUGAACCAGUUCUACCCGCCCACACAUGGCGACGAGUUCCUUCCUAGUGAUCCUCUUUCCGAUGACACCUGGAAUCACCUGAACAUCAAGGAACUUUUCACGGGACACACGGCGAACGAGGGCAACUUCCUCAUGCGCAAUAUACGGCGUUCGGCUCCCGUUCUGGACAACAUCCUGAAUGAAGACUACCGCUUUAUUACAAACGUCGUUCUGUCGGUAAUGUUCCAGAUACCUAUUUCCACCGGCAGGCAUAUCGUGAAGGAGUACUUCGGCGACUACGACGAAAAGCACGACAAGAAAAAGGUGCUCGAGAUCCUGGACGACAUGUUCGGCGACGUUGUCUUCAACUGUCCCACGAUGUUCUUCGCGGAAAAGGCGUCCCAGCAAGGCAUCAAUACGUACGCGUAUAUCUUUGCCCAUGUCCCCACCACUUCGCCCUGGCCCAAUCGAAAAGGCCCGACGCAUGCGGACGAUAUCCCUUUCAUGCUGGGAUCCCUAGAUUUUGUCGCUGACCCGUCGAAGCUCACAGAUGUCGUGACAGAGAAAGCCAAGCAUCGUCUCGCUAUCGGGGCCGCGAGAAUCACAACAGAGGAGCGUGAGCUGGCUGACCAACUCCAGGAGAUGCUCUCCAUGUACUUCAGAACAGGGAAGCCAAAGAUUCCGCUGUCAAACGCUGAGUGGCCCAAGUACUCCGCCGAGAACCCGGAGUUCGUGUACCUGCAGCCUAACAACUACACCCGAGGCUUCGGCCCCAAGAGGGAACGUUGCGAAUACUGGAGACCAUUCCUACUCAAGCAGAGCGAAGGCGUAUCGCCUGAGCAGCCGUCACGGCGGUCCGAUGCGUCGUCCACAGAACCGUCGCCACCCGCCAAGCCAACACGAGCCGCUGUGCAGGAGACUGCUCCCAAGAGUGACGUCAGACUGGAGCUGUACUCUAGCUCGUACAUUCCCGAGCCGUCUAUCGUGCUGUUCACAUUCUUCGCCUUCAUCAUCUGGAUUUGCAUGGCGUAGUUAUAUCCCUCAACGGGGACCGUUGGGCAGCGAUUUCUCGAUAAGUAACAUAGUGUCUAGAAUCAUCGUCUAUCACUGAGUCACCAACUCACUUCGUUUUUGUAUCUUUGUAAAAGUGAGAAAACAAUGAGAUAACGUCAUGCAGCUUGCAAUAGCAAAAUAAGCACAACUAUUUGUACUGUAUAAGUACCUUGAUUUAGUGACUUCAUUGACUUUAUUGGGUAGUGCCCCGAUGCCUGGUUCAAACAUUGCAGAAAGCUUAAGUUUUCAUCAUCACGCAGCUUCCGCCCACUUUUGUACACCGAGCAACGUUGGCUUAAGUUCAUUUUUUUUGACAAAUUACAAAUGUAGAGGCAGCUGCGUGAUAGCGAUGCUCGUCUUUGGCGCUGUUUUAUCAUGAAAAAUUACAGUAAACAGGCAGGUGGUGAUUAGAGAGAAAGGGAGAACAAAGGAAAGGCAGACAGACUACCCAGUUUGCUACCCUUCGCGUGGGCAGAUGGAUGGGUGAGUGAAAGACAGGGGAAAAAGAGAGAGGACAGAAGUUGCAGGUUAUGGCACGUGCACUUCCAUCAUUUUUUUUAUUUAGCGGUUUCUUAUGAAAUGUGUCAUACCGUGUCAUUGUCACGCCUUCGGCAGCUUCUUUAGAGCGAUAGACACAAAUACUAACAGGGAUGUAUGUAAAAGUAAUGCUUUAUAUGAGAAAUAAAUCUGUGAUACUUAAGAUAGGUUGCAUGCCUAGCGACCGAGAUGUGCUUCUCGCUAUAGACUUACUCAUAAUGGAGGUCCAGGCAAAUUAUCUGUGUUGCAUAGGCAGUUGUAAAAAAUGUACGCACUGUUUCUUUAACGGAUUAAAAUUUCACUUUAUUUUAAUCAUGUUAAUAAUAUGAUCCGAUUGAAAACAGGCAUGGUGAUAAUGGCAGCGAAAAGUGACACAAACUAGGUUGUUCCUUUUCUUUUUUUUUAACUUUGUAGAAGCUAUCGCAGGUCUAGUGAGGCAUUUAUAUUGUAUUCUAAGUGAAGGAGACGCCGUGCUAUUGCACUUUCACAAUACUGUAGGAGCCAGAAGCGUAGCAGCGCUCUCCAAAUGAAGGG